AUGGGACCUAGUGCGGCUGGUUUAGACGACCGUCCGAAGAAGUCGGAUGAAGCGCAACCAGGUUCCUCCCCCCCUGCUCUGACUAGCAAGGAAUCCAAGUCCAAUGCGCCUACCAGACCCGCAUACGUCACGUCGACUCUACGACGCGCCCACACCGUUGCACAAGGAAAAAACAUCGCGAAAAAGACAAACAUUGGGUCGAGAGCGGCCGGAGAAAAGCCGGCUGUGCCAUUAAUACGUACCAAGGACAGCCAUGAACUGCUGCGAAGGCGGUCGCUCAAACACCUCGAUUCUCAGAAGAUUCCGCGUGAGACAUUUGCGGGACUGAGGGAAUCGAGUCACUUCACGGUUGGAAAUGUAGGCCAGAACGGCAAAAUAUUUCUCAGACCCGUUCAAAAUCAGUCUCUCAAAGGAUCUCGUCGUAUACCAGUCUCUUCUCCGACUAGCGAAUCGAAGCCAGACUUCUUACAGCCGCAAGGGCAGGGUGGUAGCUAUGGCAAGGACGAUCCGUCACGGUGGUCAAAUUCACAACUAUCAGAGUUACGGUUUGAAGGAGGAGGAGAUAAUGGAGACACUUCAUCGAUAAUCUCGGAUUUGUCGCGGUCUGGCGCACACCAACAAGCCCGCCAACAUACCCUGCAGAGAUCCCAUUCCUUUUCCACCAUCUCAGAACAGCGAUCGGUGUCUCGCGCUGAAGGAGGUACGGAAUUUCGAGUCAUCAUUGACCGACCAGAUGACAGGCCCAGGUCAGCGGAUGGAGCUUCCCUUCGACACCUAGAGGUGGCUAUCCCUGAUUAUCACUUGGGUAUCACACGGUACAAUACAUCGACCAACGUUCUACAGAACUCGACGCAAUCGAUGGAAGUAUGGAACUCUAGCACUGCUCGCAACACAUACUUACAUGACCGAGCUGGCCCUUCGUUUGCCCCCUCAAUCUUUUCGGGCGUGUCCGCCAUGGACUUGACCCGGAGUGCUGUUGUUAGUCCUGACCCGAUCGCGUAUGAUCCUGGAGACUCCAUCAAGCCUUCAAUCUUUGAAACACUUGUGACGGUGAUGGAUGACGAGUCCGUAGUUCGCUACGUUUCAGGCACUAAGAACAUCAGUGCUGCAACACCUGCGCGUAUUGUUGCACAGAUAUCUUCAGAGUCUUUCAUGGACUACGAGCUUGUGUCGGAUUUCUUCCUCACCUUCCGGCCUUAUCUUACCACUGGAUCGCUGCUCUCGCUCCUCCUUGCUCGCCUACAAUGGGCGAUAAACCGUCUACAGGAAGAUGGGAGAAUCAUUAGGAUACGCACAUUCGCUGCGCUGCGCCAUUGGAUUCUGAAUUACUUUGUUGACGAUUUCGUCCCUGACUUCAAACUACGAGCUCAUUUCUGUGAGACAAUAAAUCGUCUAUACGACAGUGUGAAGGCACGCCACGGUGGUGGAAUGAGUGAUUUGAAGAUCCUCAUUGAUCUCAAGCGAUGCUGGCAUGGAAAGUGCUCUGCCUAUUGGGAUAUACCAGACCAUCACAUCCCAUACAACAGUCCCGAUCGACCCAUUGAUCCUGGCGGCGAUGAGCCGGCCCUGGGAGACGAUUUGCAAAAUGUUGUGCCAACGCACAGCACUCAGAUUCCUGGUGUAAUGGAAGCUAGGAAGCCUGCACUGGCAAUACACCAUGAGCGGAAUGAUUCAACUGCUACAGCAAAGAGCAUGCCCGCGUCGGCCGGCAGUGAUUGGAGUGCUCCUGCAAUAUCUUGCUCACUGCCUCCCAAAUCUCCCAAACGCCAUUCAAUGCCAUUUUCUCCAAAUAAAGCACCACACCCAGUACCUGUUAUCCCAAGACAAUUCGGAUCGAAUCCUGCCUCCCCUAUGUCACCAAUCAGCUCGAGGCGCCUUCCCUGCUACAGCCAUGCACACAAGCGUAGUGGCAGUUUUUCGGAUUCAUUUCGGGAUGAUAGGGCGCCUAUUUCGUUACCACAUUUUGACGCUAAAAGCUCAUUCUCCUCCCACGAGCCAUGCUACCUUGGUAACUUGAUACGUGGCGAGUUAUAUCCUCCAGUAGAGUCUUAUACGAUUAUGAUGGCACCGCCCUCCCCACCUCUUCCAACUGUACCUUUCGGCAUGCGGGUUGACCGUCGGAACACAACAAACAGUGCCCCCUCAAAGCCUACCACUUCUGGUUCGGGUGUGAAGACCAUUAUCGGAUCUAUCCGUCGAGCUUUGCAUAGCAAGCCUCCGGCGCACAAUGUCUCCUCACGCGAUGUGAAUGGACCACUAACGAGAGGGAAGAUUUCCGCAAUGCCAAACAACGUUGCGUUCGGGUCUGAUCUCUAUAAAGAGAAGAAGACUGCUACUCCAAUCAAGAAGCCAACCAGACUUGACUUUCUUUGCGAGGAAGCUCUGCGACAAUAUCGUCAGGUUUCAGGCGAGAUUGUUGAAUCACCAGGCGAAACCCAGGAAGUUGAACUGGGGCAGAUCCCUGUCCUAGCGCCGCAGUCUUUUCUUAUGCCCCGAGACGACAGAGCGCAGCGUCCCCUGACGGGUGUCAGUGAAUCUAUAGUCAUUGUGGAUGACACAGGCGUAGGCAUGCCUGUCAUGACCGGAGGCGUUGGAAUACCGUCUGCGGGGCUGGAACAGCCUCCAGGGUUCCUUGCUGGUGAAAACUCUCCUGCAACACCUAGAGCACACACGUUUCUUGCCUCAUCCAAAGGCUCUACUCUUGAUGCGGAUGAAUAUUCUUUGCCGAUAUUCUACGACGAAACUAGCAUAAGACAGUCCCGAGGAACUUCGGCCGUUCAUGGUGCAGCUGCAACACGGAGAUCUUUAUCUAUCGAGAAAGGUUCGUCUUUCUGGAGGAAACCCGCGCGAUCAAGCCGUCUUCGGAAAUAUGCUUCAUUUCAAAGCGGAUUCUCGAGGCAUCGCCCUACCCUUGAUAGUGACUCUGGGAUUUCAACAGCUGGAUCAAGCAUCCUCGAUCUUGCAGAUAAGCCGGCUGGGCCUACUCUACGGAGGCGGCCUGGGGGUGAUUUACGUCGGAUGCGUAAUGGCGUUGGUACUCAGUCACAACCAGAUUCAGCCUCGAUUUGGUCUGACGUAACUUAUCAAAGCUCGAUCGCGGAUAGCACCGCGAACACCAUUGACCAUGCUGUGUCGAGGCCGCAAACUAGCCUUGUUCCACCGAAGCCUCGUUUCUCUCUGUUGAAGACACACUCGUCUCAGCUCAUCCGGCGGUCUUUCGAGUCCGCACUUGCACGCUUUGCCCAGAUUCCUGAUGAUGAGGACGGGGGAAUCGAGUCGACACUAUUGAAGCUGGAAGGCAAAUGGAAGGGACAAUCAAAUGAUGGACCUGGCAGUGUGGCCGCUGGUUCUAGCCAGCCUCAAGAACGGCCUCAUAUCUUGGCAAGUGCACGUGAAGUAGCAAUUGCCCCUCGCGACUAUUACCCACGUUCUAGUGCAUCCACAAACGAUCACACGAGACUGGGUGCCAGCCUGACGUAUUCGCAAGUCCAAACACGGAUUAUUACUACCGGUCCAUACUCAGACUCGGUCGCAGACUCGGAAGACUCCUACAGUUCUAUACCGCUCCUUGAGCGAGGGCUCAGUGAUGAAUCAAUGAAAAAGCCUGUGACGGACCAGAUACCUGGUGUUGUCACUGAACCACCCGAGAGCUCCGUCAAUACAGAAGCGUCGGAUGUUGGAUCAUCACACCCAUCUAUCGACUUGGUCAAGAAAACAGAGAGUAUGCAACGCAUUCCGCGAGGAUCGACUCUUCCUGUGCCUAAGCCCAUGGGCAUCAAAGUUCGGACAUCACGCCUAUCCGGGUUAUCUUCCGAGCUUUCUGUUGACGUUAUCGACGCGAAUGAAGCGCGGUUAUCGUUUGAUACACGGAGUCUGGACGAGUCGUCCAUCGGAAUUCCUCCGCAUCCUCUUGCCCAUCCCCCUUCGCCUCCGAUGACCAUCCAGAAUACUCGUUCCGUUAAUUCAUAUAGAGCUUCCCUGAUUCCCAAUCCCGCUUGGGCGCAGCCUUUGACGCCCGACCCGUCACCAAUCAACAAGGCCGUGAAGCGGGCUAAUAUACCCUCACUUGAUAUGCAACAUGUGUCCGGUGAUAUUCUCUGCCGCUCGGAAGCGGAACACCCACCUGCAGCGCUCGCAACAGGGCCCGGUCACAAUCAUGUACCGUUCAUACUUUCUUGUGAAUCGCAUAUUCUGGCUCAACAGUUUACCUUGGUCGAGAUGGCUGCUCUGGGUGAGGUGGACUGGAGGGACCUUGUUGACAUGAAGUGGAAUAGCGGACCCCCAUUCACUACAAGUUGGGUGCAGUUCCUCAUGGAUGAGGAACGCCGCGGCAUUGACUUAGUAGUGGGCCGUUUCAAUCUGAUGGUCAAGUGGGUUUUGUCAGAAAUCGUUCUGACACUGGAUAUUAAUGAACGAGCGCGCACAAUCGUCAAACUCAUCCAUACGGCGGCUCAUGCACGGAGAAUCUGCAAUUAUGCGACCAUGCUGCAAAUCGCUAUUGCGCUGACCUCUACCGACUGCUCUCGGCUGCAGAGCACAUGGGACCUUGUGUCGGCGGAGGACAGACGUAUGCUAAAGGAUAUGGAGCUGCUCAUUCAGCCCGUCCGCAACUUUCAUGAUCUUCGCGUUGAAAUGGAGACUGCAAACGUGCAGGAAGGCAGCAUUCCGUUUGUUGGACUCUAUAUUCACGACCUCACGUAUAACGCGCAGAAACCAGCGCAGGUAGCGGCCACGAGAGAGGGGGAACCCCUAAUUAACUUCGAACGCUACCGGACAACAGCCAGGAUCGUCAAAAGCCUCCUCCGACUGAUCGAUGCGAGCACCAAGUACAACAUCGAACCGGUCCCUGGUAUCAUCGAACGCGUUCUGUGGAUCGCGUCGCUCUCAGAAGAGCAGAUACAAAUCCGCAGCAAGCUGUUAGUAUAA